GUGCAAAAAUUGCGCGUCAGCGUUGCUGAACCAAAGUUGGUUGCAUAAACCGAUUAAAGAAAAACUGUCUGCUGUCACCGCCAGUUGUCAACGCUCUACUCCCCUCUCUUCUCUUGAAAAGUGUCUCUCUGAAAUAUCGCUCUCUUGUGUUUCACAAUUUCAACUGUAUAGAAGUAUAACUUCCAACAGGUUAUGGGCCCAGUUGUGCAAGCUGAUAUUACUGAAUAGAAAGAAAAAAAAAGGAGAAAAUGGCGUGCUCAAACAGAAGUUUAAGCCAUGUGGUCAAAUUUGAUGGUAGCAACUUACCACUCUGGAAGUUGGGCCUGGACGUUGCACUAGAAGAACAUGAUGUUCAGAGUGUGACCGAUGGCACCUGCCUCAUGCCACCUGAGAUGCGAGCUGUCCAUGAACCUGCUGAAGGACAAGCUGUGAUCGAUGGAGCCCCAGUCAUGCUGGGACCAGUCCUAAAUGCAGAUGCAAUUAAGGAUUGGAAAACGAAAGAUUGUACAGCACGUCGAAUCUUACUCUCAACAAUUGAGGAAAAACUGCAGAAUACGUUGGUCGGAUGCAAGACAGCUUUCCAAAUAUGGACAAGACUCUCGUCACAACACAACAAAUGUGCAGACAACAACAGAUACGUAAUUCAACGAAAAUUCCUUAACUACGACUACCAACAAGGCCAUGACGCCAUGUCCCACAUCUCGGCCAUUGAGAACCUUGUCGAACAACUCAAAAACAUGGGUGAAGCCCCAACUCUUUUGCAAAUCUGCACCAAGAUUAUCUACACUCUUCCACCUCACCUGCGUGGAUUCAUUGCAACAUGGGAGGCUCUUCCAGAACAAGAACAGACGAUUGCAUUGCUGACAGCAAAGAUUCUGAACGAAGAGAGUAAAAACGAAAUGUUUCAGCCUCAAGAUCUUGGAUACUUUGCGGCUAGCAAAGGGUAUCGAGGUGGCAGCAGAGGAGGAUACGGUGGUAGAGGAGGCCAUUCGGGCGGUGUCAGAUUUCAAGACGGCCCACCUGCCAAAAGAGCCAGGUACACUGGUCCACCAUGUGACUUCUGUACACCCAUGGGCACUACCGCAGCACAUCCAACCUCAGAAUGUAGAAAACGGACUCAAGCAGCUAAACGAGACUCAGCUAACCCCGCCUUUAUCAACUCACCCACCGUGGACUUUGGUUUACCAGCCGCCUUCAGUCCCCUAGCCCGUCUUGAUUUAACCGAUUGGUUCGCUGACUCUGGAGCCACGGCCCAUCUUACAAAUCAGAAGAAUAUUCUUCAAAACAUCGUCACUGUUCCAGUAGGCAGCUGGGUCAUACAAGGCAUUCAUCAGUAAACU